AUGUCUGCUCCACACGGGCCCCGGGGCGGCCCUGGCCCUGCUGCUGCUGCUGCUCCUCCUGCUGCCUCAGCGGCCGGCGCCAUGCCGGAGAUGCCGGACCUCAGCCACCUCACCGAGGAUGAGAGGAAGAUCAUCCUCGGUGUCAUGGACCGACAGAAGAAGGAGGAAGCUAAGGAACAGUCGAUGUUGAAGAUCAAAGAAGAACCAAAGCCUCAGCCGGCACAGUGGUUUCCCUUUAGUGGGAUCACUGAGCUGGUAAAUAACGUUCUUCAGCCCCAGCAAAAGUCCCAAAAUGACAAGGAGCCAGAGCCAGACGCGAAGUUGCACCAGCAGUUUGAAUCGUAUAAGGACCAGGUUAAGAAGAUGGGAGAUGAGACGAAGCCGGCUCAGGAUCAGAAGAGCGAAGCCCCAACCUGUGGGAUAUGCCACAAAACCAAGUUUGCCGAUGGCUGUGGCCACCUCUGUUCAUAUUGCCAAACGAAAUUCUGUGCUCGGUGCGGAGGACGGGUGUCUCUGCGGUCAAAUAAGGAGGACAAAGUGGUAAUGUGGGUAUGCAACUUGUGCCGAAAACAACAAGAAAUCCUCACCAAGUCGGGGGCGUGGUUCUACAGCUCGGAAGCCGGUCAGGUGCGGGGUGUGUUUGAGGGCGGGCCACAGGGGAAGAAGGCCAAACUGCAGGACCCGUCCCUGUACCCCUACCAGGGAGCCCCAGGGGACUUGAAACCAGCGUCAGACAGAAGCAGACCACGUGGUGGGCUCCUGCCCAGACAGGGGUCCCUUGACAACGGUGCGGGGCUGAGGUACUCGGGACCAGGAGACGAACCCAUAGAAAGGAAACAAAGCCCAUCUGCAUCCAGGGAGCCAAACCAAAAAUACGACCAAAGGGAGGGGGGUGACCACUCACAGUAUGCCCCGACGGACGGCGGCAUGCCCAGAUCACCGUCCGACUAUGGGGAUGGGGACCCUCGGCGGGCUCCGCGGGGCCCACACAUGUACUCAGAUGCGGAUGCGGCACGGACAAGCUACCGGGACCGGCGUGGCCCUGGACGCUGGCACUCCCAAGAAUACCCCCUGGACCAGGAGCUAGAUGGACCGCCCAGUGAGUAUGACCUGCAGCGGCAGCGCCAAGAGGAGUUCCAGACGCGCUACCGCAGUGACCCCAACCUGGCACGCUAUCCUGUUAAGCCACAGCCCUAUGAGGAGCAGAUGAGGAUGCAUGCUGAGGUGGGCCGCAUGAGACAUGAGCGCCGCCACAGUGACGUCUCCCUGGCUUACACGGAGCAGGACGACCCUGGGCCCAUUCGGCUGUCCCGACAGCAUCUCACCGAGCGCCGGCCGCCUAUGGUGGGACAGCGCUCCUACUCUGUUGACAGGUCUUCCCCAGGGCCCAUGGGUCCCAGCCUUGGAGGUCACAGAUCCUCCAACCACAGCCCCCCCACGCCGCACCGAAGCCCUGUGCUGGGUGACCGAUCCGGGGACCUGCGGAGAGGAGACAUGGGUGGAGAUCCAAUGAGGAGGCAGCAACACCAUUUGGACCCCAGUUCAGCUGUCCGCAAAACCAAGAGGGAGAAGAUGGAGAGCAUGUUGAGGAACGACUCUCUCAGCUCGGACCAGUCGGAGUCAGUGCGCCCGCCACCCCCCAAGCCCCAUAAAACCAAAAAGGGAGGGAAGAUGCGGCAGGUAUCACUGAGCAGCUCAGAGGAGGAGCUGGCCACUACACCGGAGUACACCAGCUGUGAGGAUGUGGAGAUAGAGAGUGAGUCAGUCAGUGAGAAAGGGGACAGUCAAAGGGGAAAAAGAAAAACUAUUGAGCAGGCAUUUAUGUCCGAGCCGACACACACCUUAUCUGAGAGGCAAAAGAAAAUGGUGCGCUUUGGGGGACACUCAUUUGAAGAGGACUUGGCAUGGUGUGAACCGCAGGUUAAAGACUCGGGAGUUGAUACGUGCAGUAGCACUACCCUAAACGAGGAGCAUAGCCAUAGUGAGAAGCACCCGGUGACGUGGCAGCCGUCCAAAGAUGGGGAUCGCCUAAUAGGGCGAAUUUUGCUCAACAAGCGAAUGAAAGAUGGAAGUGUGCCUCGAGACUCAGGAGCUCUGCUUGGUCUGAAGGUGGUGGGAGGCAAGAUGACAGAAUCUGGUAGACUUUGUGCUUUCAUCACUAAAGUGAGGAGAGGAAGUCUAGCAGACACUGUAGGACACCUCAGACCAGGUGACCAGGUUCUGGAGUGGAAUGGGAAGCUUUUACAAGGAGCCACAUUUAAAGAAGUUUACAAUAUCAUACUAGAAUCCAAGCCUGAGCCGCAGGUGGAGUUGGUGGUCUCACGGCCUAUAGGAGAUAUUCCAAGGAUACCAGACAGCACACAUGCACAACUGGAAUCAAGUUCGAGUUCUUUUGAGUCUCAGAAGAUGGAUCGUCCGUCCAUCUCCGUCACAUCCCCCAUGAGUCCCAGUAUGCUGAGGGACGCCCCCCAGUACCUGUCAGGACAGCUUUCAAGCCAAAGCCUUAGUAGAAGAACAACGCCUUUUACCCCUAGGGUCCAGGUCAAACUGUGGUAUGACAAAGUGGGCCAUCAACUAAUCGUCACCAUCCUGGGUGCAAAAGAUCUGCCCCCCAGGGAAGACGGCCGGCCCAGGAACCCUUACGUCAAAAUCUAUUUCCUCCCUGAUAGAAGUUUGAAUUAUUGUUCCUCCAGCGACAAAAGCAAGAGGAGAACAAAAACGGUAAAGAAAUCCUUAGAGCCCAAAUGGAACCAGACCUUUAUGUACUCGCCGGUGCACCGGCGGGAGUUUCGGGAGCGCAUGCUGGAGAUCACACUGUGGGACCAAGCCAGGUUGAGGGAGGAGGAGAGCGAAUUCCUGGGGGAGAUUCUGAUUGAGCUGGAGACGGCUCUCCUGGACGACGAGCCACACUGGUACAAGCUCCAAACACACGACGUAUCCUCCAUCCCCCUCCCACGUGCCUCCCCCAACACGCAGCGCAGGCAGCUCCACGGAGAGAGUCCAACCAGGCGGCUGCAGAGAUCCCAGAGGAUAAGUGACAGUGAGAUCUCAGACUACGAUUGUGAAGAUGGUGUUGGGGUAAUAACAGACUACCGGUCGAACGGCAGAGACUUCCAGAGCUCCACGUUGUCGGUCCCUGAGCAGGUGAUGUCAUCUAACCACUGCUCUCGGUCAGCUGAUAUAAACAGGGCACGGUCACGCUCUCCCAGCGUUCCCCCGCCCUCCAGCCGCAACCAUCGCAUACACCCCAUCUGCAGAGAGGAAGCAGUCAGGUUACUGCGUUCUACUAGGAUGGCCCGCGCCUAUUCUGAGGGUGCCUACUCCUCCGACUAUGACUUUGAGAGGAACCACGGAUCCAUGGAUAGACACGAGUAUCACAGCAGGUCCCGCUCUGCAGACCAGCGGCCCACUAUAGAGCGCCCCACCUCCCGCUCACGCUCCACUGAACGCCCCCACGACUCUUCGCUCAUGAGGUCCAUGCCGUCUCUGCCAUCUGGGAGGUCCGCCCCCCCCUCACCUGCCUUGACGAGGGCGCAUCCUCGUAGUGGAUCGGUCCAGACGAGUCCCACCAGUACCCCGAUGUCCAGCAGACGAGGAAGACAACUACCACAGCUUCCACACACAGGGAAGGAAAGAAAAGAUGGAGACGAAGGAACAGAGCCUUGUGAAGGUAUGGACAUGGAAGAGAGAACCAGGCAGAUGAAGCUGAAGAUGAACAAGUACAAGCAGGGAGCUGGCUCUGACUCCAGACUGGAGCAGGACUACCACAAGCGUUCAGGCAGAGAUCCACGGGGCUCCGACAACCUGUCGGCCAAGUCAUCGGACAGUGAUGUAAGCGACGUGUCCGCUGUGUCGAGAACUAGUAGCGCCUCUCGGUUCAGCAGCACGAGCUACAUGUCUGUCCAGUCCGAAAGGCCGCAAGGAAAUCGCAAGAUCCGGAGCCAGUCUCGGGAGGGGGAUGAGCAGUUAGGAGAGGUGCGAGAGGAGGAGAAGGCGAGAGGGGGAGGAGGAGGAGGAGAGGGAGGGAGAAGGGCCAGUAAAGAAGGGAGAUUACAGGAAGGGAGGAAAGGAGACGGGGGGAAUGUAGACACAGACAAGGAGCAUCGGGAGGAUUUGGUGGAGACAGAAGAGGACUUGCAUCAGAGGAGUGUCUCAGAGAUUGACCUCAGGCAAAUGGGCUCGACAGGCGGGAUGAACAUCACCAAGAGCACAAGCAUCAGUGGCGACAUGUGCAACCUGGAGAAGACGGACGGCAGCCAGUCGGACACGGCGGUUGGCACGGUAGGCACUGACGACAAGAAGAGGCGCUCCAGCAUUGGUGCCAAAAUGCAGGCCAUGGUUGGCAUGUCGCGCAAGAGCCGGAGCACCUCUCAGCUCAGCCAAACAGAAGCAGGAGGUAAGAAGUUGCGCAGCACUAUCCAGAGGAGUACAGAGACGGGCCUGGCGGUGGAGAUGAGGAGCAGAAUGACUCGGCAGGCCAGCCGGGAGUCCACUGACGGCAGCAUGAACAGCUACAGCUCCGAGGGAAAUCUCAUCUUCCCUGGUGUGCGGCUCUCCUCAGAAGCCCAGUUCAGUGACUUCCUUGAUGGUCUGGGUCCGGCCCAGCUGGUUGGACGUCAAACAUUGGCCACUCCACCUAUGGGUGACAUCCAGAUCGGCAUGGUGGAUAAGAAAGGAGCACUGGAGGUGGAGGUCAUCAGAGCCCGUGGCCUUGUGGGAAAACAAGGUUCCAAGUCACUGCCAGCACCGUAUGUAAAGGUCUACCUUUUGGAAAACGGAGUCUGCAUAGCCAAAAAGAAAACAAAAGUAGCAAGAAAAACCUUGGAUCCUCUUUACCAGCAGCCACUGCCGUUUGAGGAGAGUCCGGGAGGGAAGGUUUUACAGGUCAUCGUAUGGGGGGACUAUGGACGUAUGGACCAUAAAUCAUUCAUGGGAGCAGUUCAGAUACUGUUAGAUGAGCUGGACCUGUCCAACAUGGUGAUUGGCUGGUUCAAGCUCUUUCCUCCUUCCUCACUGGUGGACCCUACUCUGGCCCCACUGACAAGAAGAGCUUCCCAAUCCUCACUGGACAGUUUCUCUCGAUCAUAG